AACGUGCUACAAACCGAGGAGGUUUCUUAAUUGACAUCUGUCAACAAUUCGGCGGGAAAGAGUGCUUUGUAAAAAGCUGAUAUUUUUAACAGCCAGUGACAACGCUUUAUUAUCAAUCUUAGCUACGUUAUUAUGGAUAUUAUAUAAUAUUGAUACAUAUUUAAGUGUGGUACUUUUCAAAUAAAAAUGAACGGUGAUAAAGUGAAAAUGGCUUGGCAAGGACAGGAUGAUAAGUGUUGCUAUACCAACGAAGGAUUUGCGAUGUCUGAAAAAAAUGUCUGGGAAGCCAAAAAGAGAGGUGACGGCAACGGAGCAAUGGCUGAAGUCGGAGUUUCUCAAUCUGUUCUUGUGGAGCCCAAAGGUGACACUGGGCGGAAAUUACCUCAAUACAUUGCUGCAUUAUCAGCAACUCUUGGUGCCUUAGCAGCCGGAACAAUGCUGGGCUGGUCAUCGCCAGUUGUAUUGAAGAUUACUCAGGAAAACAGCACCGACUAUGAUUUCGAUGUCUCAAGUUCACAAGGCGACUGGGUCUCGUCACUCAUCAACCUUGGCGCUGCGGCAAUCUGCUUCCCCAUAGGUCUCAUCAUGGACCUUCUAGGACGAAGGAAGACAAUGUUAUUAUUGACCAUUCCAUUUACUUUGGGCUGGUUACUCAUCACCUUCGCUGCCAAUAUCGGAAUGUUAUUGGCUGGGAGGUUCAUCACGGGGGUGGCGGGUGGUGCCUUCUGUGUCACCGCACCAGCAUACACCAGUGAAAUAGCCCAAGACUCAAUACGAGGAACUUUGGGAAGUUAUUUUCAGUUGAUGAUCACUGUUGGAAUACUAUUCGCAUAUGGCGUCGGUAGUUAUACUAGCGUUUUUGUCUUUAACAUACUGUGUACGUUUAUACCGAUUAUAUUUGGAAUUACGUUCUUUUUCAUGCCAGAAAGCCCCAACUUUUUAGUUAUUAAAGGAAGGCACGAUGAAGCUAAAGAUGCUUUGAUAACCCUUCGCGGAAGAGAUUACGAUGUUGAUAGCGAGUUGAAUGAACUUCAGGCCAAGGCUGAAGAUUCCAAACGGAAUCCAGUUUCUUUCGCCUCUGCCAUCACUAAAAAAACUGCUGUUAAAGCGUUAAUUAUAUGUUACGCUUUGAUGGUGUUCCAACAACUCUCUGGUAUAAAUGCUGUUAUAUUCAAUACCUCGGCAAUAUUCACCAGUGCUGGAGCUACUAUACCGGCAGCUAUAUCUUCAAUAAUUAUUGGUGUCAUUCAAGUGGCAGCAACCUUUGUCUCCAGUUUGGUUGUCGAUAAACUAGGAAGAAGAAUUCUCCUCCUAUUUUCAGCUCUCGUAAUGUGUCUUUGCUCGACUGCAUUAGGCGUUUACUUCUUCUUAAAAGACGCCCAUGGUGCAGAAUCGUCAAUCGUCCAAGCAAUGUCAUGGGUACCUCUACUGUCCCUUUCGCUCUUCAUAAUAGCUUUUUCCCUGGGUUUCGGUCCAAUACCUUGGAUGAUGGCUGGUGAGUUAUGUCUGAUAGAUAUAAAAGGAUUCGUGGGCUCAACUGCUGGAACUUUAAAUUGGCUUCUCAGUUUUACGGUCACAAGUACUUUCAACUCGCUAAAUACUUCCAUAGGGUCGGGGCAAGUAUUCUGGCUAUUCGCUGGUAUUAUGGUGAUUGGUUUCGUGUUUAUAUUCUUCAUUGUCCCGGAGACGAAAGGCAAAAGUGCCGACGAGAUCCAAAUCAUGUUGGGAGCUGAACCUCAAACUAUUAGUCGAGUGGAGGGCAAGGUGUAGACAGAAUUAGACUGAUUUGAUAUUUUUUUGUACAAAUUACUUGGGAUAUGCAAUUUUUCUUUGGUACAUUUUAGGUAAACAUUUUGUUAAUGCAGAUAGCAUUAACAAUUUACCAAAGAUUUCAUUAUGUAUGAUGGGUUGAUAUUACUUUGGCAGCUCAAUACUAAACAUAAGGAUUUGCUUUAGAUUCGACUUAGUUGUAAUCUUUUAUGUUCAUAAGUUUUUAAUUUAUUGCUUAUAGAGCAGGUAUUAUAUGAUGUUGCAGCUAAUGACAAAGUAUUUGUAUUUUCUGGCAGGCAAUCUAUAUAAUAUUAAUGUUUAAAUAAUCUAAGAUUUUACUUUUGUUAUCGAAAAACCAUAUCAGAUUUCAAUUAAUACUGUAUCAUAGUGUAAAUUACAUAAGGGACUAAUUUGCAAUAGAGCUAUUUAACUAUCUAAGGUCUCAGUACAAAAUUUUAAAAUCUUAAGUUCUUUGCACAGAUAUGACUAUAUACUGGCCAAUUAUUCCAUCUAACUGUAAAAAUAAAAUUAUUUAAAUCAAUUUUUCUUAACGAGCGUACGAAUAGUGUGCAGUCAGGAACUUUUGUGUCACUUGAAAAGUGCCAUAUAAAUAUCAGCAUUGUGAUUCAAAGAAACUUAAAUCCUUUCGAAUGGAAAGCCAUCUAGUGAUGUAUUUUAUUUAAAAAAAAUACAUGUAGGUAAUAUCUUUAUCAGUGUUUUUAUGACGUUGAUUAUUUCGGGAAUUUUCUAGACUUCCGGAGGAAUGUUUACAAAAUUGAAUAUAGGAUUCAAUUUCAAGUUUGUCGAAAUUUUAAAUAAUAUUAGCCACAAAUAAUAUGUAGGUAGGUACAUGGUUCAUUGCAUUAUUUAACUCGCAUGAAAAAAGAACUAACUUGCACAUAUACACACUUUCAGAUUUGGAAAAAAAAUAUAAUAACGUUGUAUAUUUGAAAAUAGUUUUGGAAACAUAUAAUUCUAUAUUAAGCGUUCGAAAUAUUCUAAACUUUAAUGAUCCUUUAUUUUUAUUACACUUACAAAUAUAAUAUUUUGUGCUAGAACUGUUUGAAUGGCUAUUAUAGAGUCAAUGCCAUAUUUUCUAACAAUUUUGAAACGUCUUAUUUAAUAAUGUCCUGAAUAUUUUGGCUGUUUUAGUUUAUAAGUUAAUCGUGUUUUAAGAUUUUAAUUUCGAGAUCAUAUUACUAUAAUGAUUGUAUUAGGUAUUCAUAAUAUGCAUUAUAGUGUAGAUAAACUAAGUUAUUGUCUAUGUAUAUUAUGUUGUUCGUGUGCAAAAAAUGAUGCAUUUAAUAAAAUUGUUAUACUA